AUGGGCGCUGGAGUCGGGGUGCUGCUGCUGGCACAGCUGUUGGUGAGGGUCGAACUCGAAAUGCAGGGGUUGCAGGAUCAGAACCAGCUGUUUUCAGAGCCUUGUGGCCGCCGGAACGUCCACUUGCUCAUAGUGGGCGGAAUGGAGUCUGCUCGCGGGCGCUGGCCGUGGCAGGUGAGCCUGCGGCUCCGUCACAAAGGCCACAGAUGCGCGGGGAGCCUGCUCAACCGGCGCUGGGUGCUCUCGGCAGCGCACUGCUUCCGGAAGGAUCCGUCGAAUUGGAUGGCCCAGUUUGGCGAGCUGUCUUCCAGGCCGUCUCUCUGGAGCUUGGGGGCCAUCUCCCACCGUCUCAGCGUGCAGGACAUCAUUGUGUACCCUCACUUCAAGGAGUCGUCACUCAACGACAUCGCCUUGCUAAGGCUGACCUCCCCUGUCACCUACAACAAGUACAUCCAGCCCAUCUGUGUUAUGGCCUCCGCCUUCGAAUUCCAGAACCAGAGUAACUGCUGGGUGACCGGCUGGGGGAACAUCCGUGAGAACAAAAAGCUGCCAGCUCCCUACAUCCUCCAGGAAGUACGGGUUUCCAUCAUAAACAACUCCCGGUGUAAUGACCUGUUCCAACAGCCCAAUUUCUUCUACAGACUGGCAGAUGAUGUGAUUUGUGCUGGCUCUGAGGAUGGCAAGCAUGACGCCUGCGAAGGUGACUCAGGCGGACCCUUGACCUGUGAGAAGAAUGGACUGUGGACUCAGAUUGGAAUCGUGAGCUGGGGAAUAGGCUGUGGUCGGCCCAACCGACCCGGUGUCUACACCAACAUCAGUAGAUACUUCAGCUGGAUCCAGAAGCACACGGCCCACAGCGCACCCCGGCCAGACCCCUUCCCACUACUGCUGCUCCUCCCUCUGCUCUGGGCUGCCCCACUCUCCUGGCCAGUUAGAUUCCCAGGUGAGGCUUCUCUCCCGACCCUGCUUACUGCCACACCCUCUCAUCGCUCACGAGUCCCGCUUCGUCCCCCAGUGUCACUUCCAGAGUGGCGACCUCUUCAGGGAGUAAGAGUGCCGGUGCUGGAUGCGGGCACUUGCGACCACCUCUACCAUGUCGGCACCAACGUGCCCCGCGCUGAGCAGAUAGUGUUACCAGGGAACCUGUGCGCUGGCUACGUCCAGGGCCACAAGGAUGCCUGCCAGGGUGAUUCUGGGGGACCCCUGACCUGCUUGAAGUCUGGGCGCUGGGUCCUGGCGGGCGUGGUGAGCUGGGGCAAGGGCUGUGCUCUGCCCUACCGUCCAGGUGUCUAUACCAACGUCGCCAUGUACAGCCGUUGGAUUCAGGCUUGUCUCGACCGCUGAUGUGGUGACUCUGACCUGGGUUCCUCAGCUACGUGGUCCCUCUGGGGACCUGCACAUCCCCAACCCUUCCACUUCUCACUUGAGGCUCAGAGGCCCGAUAAAGCUAAGGGGCCAUCUCUCCAUCCAGCUGUCCAUCCCCUGCCUUCCCUGGGGCUCACCAAACCUGGGCUGCCAGCCCCGCUCCAGGAGCCUCCCAUCUGUGGGGGUCUCACACUCCUGCCUCCCCUUCCUGCUCAUUUAUCCUCCUCGGCUCCAGCCAGGACUGGGCCUGGGCACCCAGCGACGGUGAGUGGCAUUCCCGGUUUGGCCUGUGUGCCCUUCUCUCUGGAGGAAGUCAGGGAGAUUCGAAGUGUAGAGGGACUCAGCACCAAGAAGGUGGUUCUCCAUCGCCAGCUUUGAAGGGGGUGUAGGGGUCGCAUGGCAAGGAACUUGCAGCGCCGCCAGGAGCUGCGGGCAGCCUUGGCUCACAGGCUUCGGGGAAAAGGGAAAUCUCGGCCCUGCGACCGAAAGGAACUGGAUCUGGACACCUGACCAAGCCGGGAGGCGAAUUCUUCCCCAGCCUCCAGUGAGAGUCCGCUCGGCCAGCCCCAUAGGGCUGUGUUUUAGUAAAUUUGUGUUGUUUAA